AUCAAAAUAAUCAAACAUUAAUACAUUUAGAAAAUAUUAAUAAUAAUAAUAUCAUUUUACAAGCAACAAAAGCUGUUAAUGAUUAUUAUUUUCAUACUUUAGAUAAUCCAUCUCAUAGAAGUGACUCUUUUUGGAAAGAUAUGGCAGAACAUUUUGGAGCUUAUAGAAAAUAUACUAGUUUUCCUUAUAUUAGUGCAGAUAUGGCAAGUAGUCAUAAUAUAAAUCAUUUAGAAUGUGUAAAUAAAUUAAUUAUUGCUCUUGAACCAUUAUCAAAUUGUGUUAAUCAAUUUGUCAAAGAGCAUUAUAAUAAUUUAUACACAAAAUUAAGCAAUUUUUCUUGGGGUCCAUUUGCACCAAGAUCUUUUGGAAUUUUUCCAAUGAUUGCUAUUAAUUUUAAUACAAUAAGUGAUUUUCAUUGGGAUAAAAAUGAUGAAGCCAAUUGUUUUU